UGGACAACUUGAGGAACUUCUGAGAGUUUGGAAUAACAUCAGUAUGGUCUGGAGCGUGCACUCUCAGACACCCGAGGACGUUUCCAGGAGGCUUCAGUUCGCUGGACACUAGUCGCUGGCGUGGAAGGACAGUGGGCAGCAUGAGGAUUUUGUCUCUUAUCCUCGUCGUCUGGGUGCAAAGCCCAGUGUUUCUCUCUCUGACGGUUGGUUCCAGUAAGGCCAAGGUGGAAGUCCAUGAGAACACAGAUGCUGUGCUAUCCUGCGAGUUCAAGACAGAAAAGGAAACUAGCCCUCGUAUCGAGUGGAAGAAGAAAGGGAAAGACAUCACCUUUGUUUAUUUUAAUGGAAAAUUCAGUGGAUCCUUUGCAGGUCGGGCCAAGAUUGAGGGGGCAACAGUGACGCUGCACUCUGUUACCCAGAAAGACUCUGGAGAGUACCGCUGUGAGAUCAGCGCUCCAGCAGACCACAACAGCCUGGGAGAGGUCAACGUCACCCUCAACGUGCUUGUGCCCCCCCACACCCCAUCCUGUGAGGUGCCCAGCACAGUGAUCUCAGGGGCGGGGGUGGAGCUCCACUGCAGAGACAAGCUGAGCGUGCCACCUCCGACAUACACCUGGUACAAAGACAACAAGGCGCUGAGCAGCACACACUCACCUGACAGCUCCUACAGCAUGGAUACUGCCAAGGGAACCCUGAAGUUUAAGACUGUGUCUAAGGCUGACUCAGGCCUGUAUCGCUGUGAGGCCUCCAAUAGCGUGGGGGCGCCCAAGAGCUGCGUGGCCCUUCAUAUGAAGGUCAUAGAAUAUCAGUUAAGUAUGACGACCCUGAUCGCCGGAGCUGUAGGAAUCUUCCUGCUCAUCUUGAUGUGCUGUCUGGGAGUGUGUCUAUGUAAUCGACGCGGAUGCUGCCAGAAGAAGGAGCAGAAAGGAGGGAGAACCAAAGUCUCCAGCCCACCUCCACCUCCCAUUAGAAAUCCCAAGAACUACAAACAUACCCAGUCCUUCAUGAUUUAAGGGUAUUCCACACACACACACACACACACACACAUGCGCGCGCACGCAAGCAACAGCGUGACUAUACCUCCUCCUGGCCAAUGGAUUCAGCACAUUGCUAUAGUUUUUGCACUGGCAUUGUCACAGGCUUCACUGUUCUGUUAGUGUGCUCGGUAGCUGUUCAUUGUGUAUUGAUAAGCUAAGUAAAUUAUUAGCAUUGUUUUAUGCACAGUAUCUCACAAACACGAGUACACCCCUCACAUUUUUGUAAAUGUUUGAUUAUAUCUUUUCAUGUGACAAC